AAUGACCUGUGUGUAUUCGUUUGUUUAUUAUAGACUUGUAUUUCCACAGAAUUAUGAUGCUUUCUGUUCUACGUCAUACCAAAACACCAGUUAAAUUUUGGUUUCUGAAAAACUACCUCUCUCCAACAUUUAAGGAUGUUAUCCCUCACAUGGCUAAGACAUACGGAUUCAAGUACGAGUUAGUACAGUAUAAGUGGCCCCGCUGGCUUUAUCAGCAGACAGAAAAGCAAAGAAUUAUUUGGGGCUACAAAAUCCUUUUUUUGGACGUUCUUUUCCCUCUGGCUGUAGAUAAAAUAAUCUUUGUCGAUGCUGACCAGAUUGUGAGAAGUGACCUGAAAGAACUCAGAGAUCUCGAUCUAAAGGGAGCUCCUUAUGGAUACACUCCCUUCUGUGACAGCCGUAAGGAAAUGGAUGGGUACCGUUUCUGGAAAUCAGGAUACUGGGCAUCACAUCUUGGGAAAAAGAAAUACCAUAUUAGUGCCUUAUAUGUUGUGGAUCUUAAGAAGUUCAGAAAGAUUGCAGCAGGAGAUAGGCUUCGGGGCCAGUACCAGGCUCUUAGUCAAGAUCCAAACAGUCUGUCAAAUCUAGAUCAGGUAUAUGUGGGCUUAAGAAAUUAAGCUUUUGUUUUAUCUUUCUCAGUAUGC